CCCAUUGACCCGCAAGCACGGAACGCGCCAGCCAAGCGUGUAGGUCGCUGUCUGCUGCCAUAGCUCGCCCCGUCUGCCUGCGCGGAUGAAGCUAGGGAGCUCGCCCUGUAAACGCCCGCCCGCUAGCCCCAACUACCAGCAAUCAUUUCACAGCAGCGCGGCGCCGAGAAGAUGGGCUCCCCGUCCUACAAGCUUGCGGCGGCGAUCACGGUCCCCUCGACCGGCGAGUUCCUCGUCGUCCGGCAGCCGCGCCCGCCAUCCCCACCCGAUGAGGAAGAGGACUACCGGCGGUUCGUCGACAGCGACCUCUACGACCUCCCGUCCGCGCCCCUCGCGCCACUCGCGGGGACACUCCGGUCGGAGGUGGCCAUAGGCGGCGCGGACUCUGUCGCCGUGCGCCUCGACCUCUCGCGCCUCGACGUGUCCGCCGCCCUUGAUCAGAUUUUUGAUCAAUUUGGCUUGCCGGAUGGGAUGCGUGGGGAGUGGAGGCUCCUCAAGUAUGUGGAGGAAGCAGAGUUUGGCCCGGAUGCUGGCAUUAACACGGUGUACAUCAUCGGGUCACUUGAGUCGAAAUUGGAUGCACCACAAGAGUCAUGUAAGUGGAUGUCCAAGGAGUGUGCAUUGAGGUUGCUUUCAGAAGCGAAGCCAGGUAAUGAUCGCAUAGGACAGUAUGCAUAUAUUGGAAUUUUGAAUUCGGAGCUGUCAUCAAACACCACAACUUCCCCUGCAUUGCCCUCCCAGGAAUACCCACCUGGAAUAACACUUGUACCUAUGAAGAGUAGGACACUAGCACCAUUCCGUACAACUAAUCUUGUGGUAGUACGAUCAACCAAUGGUGCUGGUGGAUCUACAUGUUCUGAAUUUUUUGCUUCGGGGGACGCUCUGCUUAUAGAUCCUGGAUGCAGCUCUCAGGUUCAUGCAGAGCUUGCAGAUCUCGUCAACUCCCUUCCAAAAAGGUUAUUAGUUCUUGUUACACAUCAUCAUCAUGAUCACAUUGAGGGUCUUUCAGUCGUUCAGAGAUGCAAUCCUGAUGCUGUUCUUCUGACACACCAAAGUACAAUGGAUCGCAUCGGGAAAGGAAAUUGGCAGAUUGACUACACUUCAGUAACUGGUGGUGAAAAGAUAUGCAUAGGUAACCAAGAACUGCAAGUUGUUUUUGCACCUGGUCAUACAGAUGGUCAUAUGGGGCUUCUCCAUGUAAAUACCAAUACAUUGGUUGUUGGAGAUCAUUGUGUAGGGCAUGGAAGUGCAACUUUGGACAGUAGAAAUGGUGGCAACAUGAAGGAUUACUUUGAAACUACAUACAAAUUCAUGGACUUGUCACCACAUGUAUUAAUUCCAAUGCAUGGAAGGAUCAACCUAUGGCCCAAGUAUAUGCUUUGUGGAUACCUCAGGAAUCGAAGGGCUAGAGAAGCGUCCAUUCUGCAAUCCAUUGAGAAUGGGGCCCAAACUCUGUUUGAUAUAGUUUCAAAGACUUACAGUGAUGUCGACAGGAAGUUUUGGAUUCCUGCUUCUUUCAAUGUCCGCCUUCAUGUUGAUCAUCUGAACUCCCUACAUAAAUUGCCCAAGGAUUUCUCUUUGGAAAUGUUCAGUCGAAGUUGUGAUGAUUUUAUCUCUAAAGUUUGAUGGCAAGAUUUCUCAUUGGAGAACUUUAAGGAAAGCUGUGGAGUGCAUUUCAUAUUCCGUUGGGCGGUGGCAUAUGUGCAUUCCAGGAGCUCCCCAGCUAUCCUUGCGGCAAGUGCCAUUGCUGGUGGUCUUGCAAUUGCUUGUGCUCUCAGAAGGAACUAAUGGAAGCAAUCAUAGAUUCUUUAGGUCGAUAAUUUUCCAGCUACAUGAACAUUAUAUUAUUAUUCCCAGUAUUCUGCUACCAGUAUGUUGAGUCGAAAGGUGAGUUGCCAAAACUCUUAUUCCGCAAUUAGUGACCGUGAUUACCAAAUCUAUACACAAGAGAAGUAUCCAGACUAGGAGCAUGUGAAGUGACAAGUGAGGGAUUCCGAUCUGAGUUCUUAGGAUUUCAAUGAAA